AGGGGCGUGGGUUGGGGUGUUCAGGUGGUGCAUAUUAUUUUAAGAGAGAGAAUGAGUGGGAAUUAGGGAUUUGAUUGAAUAUGUCCAAAUUUGAUCCUGAUUCAUCAUCUCAUGGGCAAAGUGACUAUUAAAAUACUUUCUUACUCAUGCAAGAUAGCUGAUGUCACAGAGGAAAAGAAUUUCAUUGGUGGAAGUCAUAUAUAGGCAAAGGCAGCCAUAGCCAUUCACCAAGGAUCUUUUAGAGUAAAAUUUUUUUAAAAUUUUUUAAAGUCUUAUAUUAUGUGUUGAAAUUUAUUGGCAAGUCACAUAAAAAAAAUUGAUGUGACUUGCCAAUAAAUCUUAACCACACAAUAUAACACUCUAGAAAAGUUUAAGAAAAAAUCACUCUAAAAAUUCUUGCUCGCAGCCAUUGCCCACCAUGGAUGCCAUAUACUUCAUCCAGCCUACUAAAGAAAAUGUUAGUAUGCUUCUGUCUGACAUGACUGGACGAGCAGCUCGGUACAAAAAGCAUUUUUUUUUAGUUCACCUGUUCCACGAGAAAUGGGUUAACCAUAUCAAAAAGGAUGGUAGUGUGUUACCUCGCAUGGGUGCCUUGAGAGAGAUGAACUUGGAGUAUUUUGCUAUAGGUUCAGAGAAUCUUGGUUUUGGUUUUUCAGCUGAAACUGAAGUGAGAGACGAGGCGGAAGAGAGAGCACGGAGCAGCUGUUUCAUAAAGGCUUCUAUUUCAUCAAGGCCACCAAUAACUUCACCUGUUGGACCAUCUUAUAAUAAUUUCCAAGCCGACUCUUUUAAGCUGAUGGAACUCCUUGGACCAUAGAAGGUUGAUCCUGUCGAUGUAAAGCUCAUUGAGAAAAAGCUUUUUGGCUAUUCCACCCUCUGGGUGACCACAGAAGAGCCAUUUGGAGAUCUAGGAGAGGAUUACCACCCGGUCAUUUAUGCAAUAAAGGCAACCCAGAUUCCUCGGGCAUCAGCUAGUGCUAUAGCAUUUGGCAUGGGUCUGUUUAGUGGGAGAGGAAACCUUGGACUCGGGCAUCAUCGAGCUUUUGCAGUAACCAGUGAAAGCCAUGCAAGUGAUAUAUGGCUGAGAUUCCUUGAUUGUUGUCAGAACUACAAGGCCUUUAGGAAAAGUCAGGAGCCUGCUGUUCGAAAGCUUAAGGAACCUAUCUUGGAUGAAAUUACCCAUACAGUUGUGAGGCAUUAUGAGCUGAAUUUUACUAGACAAGAUACGUCUUCUCUCUGGUUUUUGAGCAAAGAGGAAGCAUUUUUAUUGAAUAUAACUGACCGAGCUUGUGCUUUGUUCACUCCAUCUGAGGUUGCUUUGCUGGAGUGGACUGAUGAUUUGGGACUGUUCAUAUUGAAGGGUUAUGGUAAUGCAUUAAACUACAGGAUGGGAGUGCCAUUGCUUGAAGAUGUUGUUCGGUCCAUGGAACAAGCUAUUAAAGCCAAGGAAGAGAAGAGAAGUUUGAGAAGUUGGAAAUUUGGAUUUUGCUUGUUUCUUCCUCAAACUUGUGGUACAAGUGAGAAGCUUCCUCCAAGGCAAUAGCGUGGAUGGAGUUUUGGGAAGCAAGAGCUUCUUAAUUAUGCCUUAUGUGUGUAUGUUUGUUAUUUGUAAAGCCAAGGACUUAAGAUGUAAUGAGCGAGACUCAAUUUGUGUAACGAAGUAAUGACUUGAAAACAUGUACAUGGCAUUUAACUGGUUGUUAAACAGUGAACUCUGAUAUAU